AGGUACUUGCUCACUUCCUGAUUUUUUUAAUCGUUAUCACGUGCCGAUGGUGUUUUCUCAGACAGAACAUUAUUGAUAUACUACCACCACCCAAAAGAUGGAGUUUUGGAUCAAAGCUACUAUACUUCUCUGUUCCUAUGGCUUUUUUAAAGAAAUGAAACCAUCAGAGCCUUUCCUAACUCCAUAUUUGAAAGCAAAGAAUCUGACAGAAGCUGAUUUGGAGAAAAUCUACCCUGUAUGGACCUACUCCUACCUUCUAACUCUGUUCGUUGUGUUUUUAGUCACAGAUCUGUUGAGAUACAAACCCGUUAUUAUAAUCGAGGGGCUGGCCUAUUUGGCCACAAGAAUCCUUCUGAUUUGGACCGGUACAGUUUUGGCGAUGCAAUUCAUGCAGUUCGCCUAUGGAGUAGCUACUGGAGCUGAAGUAGCUUACUAUUCCUACAUUUAUGCGGUAGUUGACAGAGAUCAUUUCAAGAUCGUGACCAGUUAUACCAGGGCGGCAGUCUUGUUGGGAAGAAUGAUGUCUGGAGUAGUUGGCCAGCUUCUAAUAACGUUCAAAUUGACUGACUAUCUGGUUCUUAAUUACAUCUCUCUUGCUAGUGUUUCAAUCUCUUGUAUACUAACACUCCUGCUACCCAAAGCUUCUGGGAACGUUUUUAGCACCAGGACAGAAUCUGAUGAUCUAAUCGAAGAACAAGAUAACGGUUGUAUAUCUUCAUGGAAGCGAACAAUGAUUGCCAUGUUUCGUGAUUUUAAGCUGUGCUAUUCUGACAAAGAAUUGCUGCGGUGGUCUCUUUGGUGGGCCUUUGCAACUGGUGGGGAAUUCCAAGUUGAAAAUUACGUACAGAAUUUAUGGGAGAUUAUCUACACAUCUCACGACCACAACCACAAAAUUUACAAUGGUGGAGUCACUGCAAUCUCACACUUAACUGGGUCAUUAGUGGCUGUAGCAUUGGCACAUGUGAAAAUUAAUUGGUCCAUGUUUGGGGAAUUGUGUCUGGGGGUGGUGUCAGUAGCUGAUGCAUUCUUUCUUUUCCUAAGUGCAGAGACCGGCAACAUCUGGUUGGCAUAUCUCAUGUACGUCCUGUUUCGCACAGCAUAUACUUUCCUGAUAACAAUAGCAAGUCUGCAGGUGGCCAAACAUGUGGAAAUGACAAGAUUUGCCUUGGUGUUUGGAAUAAAUAUGUUUGCUGCACUUCUGGUUUCAACACUCUUGACAGCAGUUGUGGUGGAUGGAGGCCUACACAUUCCAGUUAAAACACAGUUUGUGAUUUACGGGAGCUAUUUUGUGAUCAUUGGAGCUGUUUUCUUGGCACGAGCUGUGUAUUAUAUCACCAGUCAAGUGGGAUGGAGACAGUGCUGGCGACGGCGUUAUGUUGAAAUGGAAACUCAACCUCUAGAAGAUGUUUCACAUAUAGAUUCUUAAGAGGACAUUACUGGGGAACCAGUGGCACUACAUAAUGAUGGUUAAAUUGAUGCAUAGGAAGGAUUCAAUUCAUAUUAUAAGUAAAGGGUCCAUCAAACUUUUUUUUAAGCAUGAUUGGGCAAUUUUUUUGUGUGUGUGAAUGGUGAUUUGAUCUUUUUUUUCUAUUUGUGGAUAAUGAUUAAAGAUGGUAAGAUCUUUUUAUGUCCACAUGAACAAAUUUUUGAAUGAUUAGUGGACCAUUUUGUUUUGUGUGAUGAAUUUCCAGCUCAGUCUGGGAGUCAUUUUUCAACCAACUAAUUGAUGUGUACAUUUACAAAACUGUGCAUGAUUGACAUAAAUCUAUGGAAUCUUUACAAGUUCAUUAACAAAUUCUUGAUUGGUAUUUCCUUGUUAUUUGCUCUAGACAUAAGAGAGAGAGUGUUUGUUUCAGCAUGAUACUGAGUUUCAAAACUCAAAUCUUCUUGCACUAUUGCAGUAUUUGCUGAUUUUUUUUGUAGUACUGUGGUGUGCAGAACCCCCUGAUAUUCCCCUCCUUACAAAAAAUAGCUUUUUUUAAUCACUGACCUUAAUCAUUUAAUCACUAAUCGUUAAUUUUAACUUUCAUCCUGACCAUUUACAUUAUUCUUGGUUGUUAAUUAGUCAGUUUGUUAAUUUAAAUGUAUUAGUGACCUAGUUAGCAUUCUUUUUUUUUUUUUUUUUUCUGUAGAAUUUGUGAGGUUUUGAACUGUUCCUCAGGUCUUGUUGAGGACAUUCAAUGUAGAGGGAAAAAGGCCAAAAAUAGUUUAUUUGAAACAAUAUAUUUAAGAGGGUAAAAUGCCUGUGUUGAAUUAUGUUGCAUGACCAUUAUUUAUUUACUGAUUAAUAGAAUGAGAUGUGAAAGAUGACAUCACCAGAAAUCAUCCCACAGCUGAGUGUCUGAUGUACUUUCUAAGGUUUUGUUUCAUUUCUUCAAGUCUUAUUUUUAGGGUUGUUUGUUGGGAACUUUCAAUGGUGGCAAAUGAUUUUUUAAAUUAAAAAACUGAUUUGACAGUGCAAGUGUCAAAUCAGUUAUUUUUCGA